AGGAGGCCUAUCAAGGGAGGACCGAGUAUCGGGAGGCCAAGGAAAGGAGGCGAGUGAAGGACUUCCUCGUGGGGAGGGAGCUGGAGCUGCCGAGAUUCGGGAGGCCGCGCUGGGCCUGUUGAGCUAGACGUCCAAGCGCGUCGGAGAGUUCAGUCAUGUCUACACAAGCGGUAAUGCGCGCCCUGCGCAAGAACAAGACCAUUCGCUACGGAGUCCCCAUGCUGGUGCUGAUUGUUGGAGGUUCUUUUGGUCUUCGUGAGUUUUCACAAAUCCGCUACGAUGCUGUGAAAAUUAAAAUUGAUCCUGAAUUAGAAAAAAAGCUGAAAAUGAAUAAAGUGUCAUUGGAAUCAGAGUAUGAGAAAAUAAAGGACUCCACUUUUGAUGACUGGAAGAAUAUUCGAGGACCCAGGCCUUGGGAAGAUCCUGACCUCCUCCAAGGACGAAAUCCAGAAAUCCUUAAGACUAAGACUAAGACAACCUAAGUGGAUUCUUUCUUUCUUUCUUUUUUUCUUUUUGACAAAAAUGCCAUCCACUGGAAUUCUUGCUACAUAUUCAGUGGGAAGAAAAUCUCAGACCUGCAGAAGCCUGGAUGCGAGCAAUGUGAUGACAGAUACUUUUGAUAAAAGUCAAAGUAACAUCACACAGUGAUUUUAUGUCAAACCUAUGUAGAAAAAUAAUACUGAUCACAGGCUGA